GGACCGGGAGGCGGCGCUCGGACCGGGACGCGCGGGCCGGGCAUGGCGUCGAUGGCGGCAGCGAUCGCGGCCUCGCGCUCGGCCGUCAUGAGCGGGAACCGGCCGCUGGACGACCGGGAGCGGAAGCGCUUUACCUACUUCUCCUCGCUGAGCCCAAUGGCUAGGAAGAUCAUGCAGGACAAGGAGAAGAUCCGGGAGAAGUACGGGCCCGAGUGGGCGCGGCUGCCGCCCGCGCAGCAGGACGAAAUCAUCGACCGCUGCCUGGUGGGGCCGCGCGCCCCGGCCGCCGCCGCCGACGCGGGGGACGUGCAGGACCCGGAGCGCUUCCCGGGCCUGCGCGGGCCCACGGGCCAGAAGCUGGUGCGCUUCGGCGACGAGGACAUAACUUGGCAAGAUGAACACUCUGCCCCAUUCUCCUGGGAGACAAGGAGUCAAAUGGAAUUCAGCAUCUCCUCCUUAUCCGUCCAGGAGCCCAGCACUGCCACUAUGACCAAUGAUACCAGGCCCCUGGCCAAGGCUUCUCAGGGCACACAGGGUUCCAAACCUGCCCAGAGCAGCAGAUCCUCUAGCCUGGAUGCCCUGGGACCGGCUCGAAAAGAGGAGGAAGCAUCCUUCUGGAAGAUCAAUGCCGAGCGUUCUCGGGAGGGGCAUGAAGCUGAGUUCCAGUCCCUGACACCCAGUCAGAUCAAGUCCAUGGAGAAGGGGGAGAAAGUUCUGCCAGCCUGCUACCGCCAGGAGCCCGCCAUAAAAGACAGGGAGGCCAAGCCUGUGCCACAGGAACCACAAAUCCUGCCCAGUGUGAGCACGGAGCAAGAGGCGCCCCAGCCAGUACAAGCCCCUGCCAGCUUGCUGCCCAAGUCUACCCCCACGAAGUCCCCAGAGAAGCCACCACCUUCUGCUGCCCAGCAGGAUGAAGAUGAUGAUGAUGAUGAUCCUCUGUUCUCAGAGCCUGCACUCUCGCAGAUCAGUUCCAGUGUCCUCUUGAAGACGGGCUUUGAUUUUCUGGACAACUGGUAAAUGGUGCUACCCAGAAACACAGCCAGGAGCCCCCAGUGUGGCCCACCGUGGUGUUCGGAGGAGAAGGCAGCAACCGCCUUCGUGUUUUCCUGUUUUCUCUACUCCUUUCUUAGUCUUUUUGAAACUAGGAAAUGUUGCCAGGUUUCCCGUUUUUUGGUAAAACCGAGUAGAUAAAUAUGCUAUUUUCAACGAUUUGAUAACAAGUUUUACACUUGGGGUUUUUAAACACGAGCGACCCAGCAAGCCUUGUGAAUAAAACCUCUGUUCCCAGCUCCAUUCCACCUUUCCCUCCAACAAGGUUCCCUGGCCAAGCCACAGAAGGUCGCAAACGCGAUUCUUUCUCCUCUCUCCCUGUUGUGGGCUCCCUGGAUGGAUACGGCUGUUGGCUGUCACUGCGGAAGAUUCCAUCCUUAAAAAAAUGGUACCCUUCCUUCACAGAAGCCAGGUUUGGCAUUAGGUGUCCUCCCCCUCCCAAACUCAUAGGAAACAGACUGCGGGCGGGUGGCAGGUGCCUUCUGAGCUGUCCCAGUGGCUCACUCGGAGCUCUGGUCGAUGUUUAAAAGCAGCUGCCCCUUAUAUCAGGUUCUCACCGUUGGUUAUAGAGGUUCAGCAGGUUCCCUGGCUCUGUGGGGGUCCGGGCGGUGACAGCUGUGCUGAACAUCAGGGCUCUUCUGAUUCACUGAGGUAGAACCUUCCAGGAUGAGGCUCCCAGGUUUGAGCAUCCUUUCCCCCAGUCCGGUCAGGCUGUGUUGUGAAGGACACUCCCCUAGGCCUGUAUAUUUCAAGUACAAGAGGUAUUCCCGAUGGUUCCAGAAGCUUCUUCCCCUUGCAGCUUUGAGAGCUCACGGCGGCAAGGCCGGGUAAGGAGCAUUGUGCCUCACCCAGAAUUUGAUGCCCUCUGUCCUCACCGUCCUGCCGUGGCCCCUGCACCCCAUGCACCUGCAGGAUGCCGAGCAGAUCUGUGAGCUCAGGCUGGCAUGGUCUAUCCUUUGCUACCAUCACUCCGUUCUCCUCACCUGAAGCCUUAAUCUCCACCAGACCCUCCUCCGAGUGCCUGGUUUCAGUGCCGAAAGGUGUAACCCCCCUAAUGUCUGAAAUAGCUUCUGUGAUAUUCUAUUUAGCCCCAAGGUAAAGCACACGGCAGCUCUCCAGCCACUAUCCCCUCCCCUACGAAGCCAAAGCUGUACUUAGCCAACAUCGAUGUGAUACCUGCCAAUUAGCUCGAGUCCCCAACCUCCGUAGGUCCCCGGCACUUGGGUUUGCCUUCCUCUAGCAACCUCUGACGAGUCAUCUUUCCACAGUCUGCAGGGGAGUUGACAGGGAGGAAGAUCUGAAGCCUGGGCCAUGUUUUCCUUCUCCUUAGCAUUGGUGUAGCAGGAAGAGGCUCUCAGCUGAGCGCAGGCAGCCUCUGUGACUGGCCCCAUGGGUGACUCUCACAGUGGCCCGCCUGACCUGGGGGUUGUCCUUGCCGCCUGGGCAGAGUCCACACUACGCUGGCGUCUUGGCCUCCCCCAGGGAACAUGCGGCAGUGGCCAGGAAACCGGAACUGUAAUUCCCACUUUCCCUUCCCCUGUACAUCACGAUGACAUACACUCGUUACUCUGCUCUGAAGCACACUCUUUGGCUGAAGCCAGUGUAUGAUGCUGGGUUCUACCACACGCCCACGCUCGGCACCUGGGAGGCAGCUCCAGGGCUCCGUGUCUUGCUCUUGGUGGCUGUGUCCAACAGAAGCCCUCAGGAACCCAGGCUCUGUGCGUCUGGUCUGCCCUCUGGGUUGGUUCCGGUCCUGUCAGGAGCAGCAGAAUCUGCCCCUCGGCCAGGUGCACCCCACAUGCCAGUGUGGGGGUGGCCUUCCAUUCCUCACCCUGCCCUCUCCUUUGAUACAUACUUUCGAAAUCGUAAAUUCUUACUGACAGCUUGUAACUUGGUCCUAUUUUAUACUCUAGCCUUUAAUAAAGCCAUUUUAAAACGAGA